CUCCAGUCAUCAGCGGGGAGAGACAAACCAUACUCGGUGCACUGAUGGGGGCCAGAAGCAGAUCCUGGGACAAGAGGGAGCUCACUGAUGGAGAUGGCGAAUAUCUGAGGGGGAUCAAGAGAAUCAGAAGGCUCUACUGCAAUGUUGGCAUCGGGUUUCACCUCCAAGUUUUACCAAAUGGGAAGAUCACAGGUGUACAUAGUGAGAACGGUUACAGCCUUCUGGAAAUUUCUCCUGUGGAGAGAGGAGUGGUGACUUUGUUUGGAGUUAGAAGUCAUCUCUUCAUUGCCAUGACUGAGAAAGGGAAACUAUAUGGCUUGCGUGACUACAGUGAUGACUGCAAGUUCAAGGAGAGCCUUCUGGAUAACAACUACACUGCAUAUGAAUCAGCAGCUCCCCCUAGCAUGUACAUCGGCCUCAGCAAGGCUGGCAAAACCAAGAAAGGAAAUCGGAUCACACCCACCAUAGCCAUGACACACUUUUUUUACAAGGAUGUGAAUGACAUCAACCCAUAACAAGACAGAUUCUGUUGGUUGGUUGAUGCAUUUUUAUAAUCCCAAAAUGCACAGAUUUUACGGGAGAAAAUAGUUCUGCACAUCCUGUAAUUUAUUACUUUACAACCUUUUAAAAUAUAUGAAUUCAUAUUUGACUUAGUACUUUGUGUAUGUACAGGUACAGUAUAUGCAGUUUGUUGCAACAAAAAAAAAAGCUUUUGAGUUGUCAAAUGUACAGGCUGUUAUAUGUACUUUACCCCACAAGAGGGCAGGAUACAUAAACGUAGUGCUGCAAGUGGCAAGGUACUAUCUACGGAGCCCCUAAGGCAGGCAUGUCCAAAGUCCGGCCCGGGGGCCAAAUCCGGCCCGCGGUCGAAUUUCAUCCGGCCCUCGGCCCCUGUCAUAAAAUCAGUGCCGUCUGGCCCGCAGGUUGGACGCAAUGGAACAACGUGUUGCAUUGACUGAGGUCUCGUAGACUGGUGAGUGAUGUUUCAUAGAGUACUGCUUCCCUCUAGUGGCUAAAUGAGUAAUAGCAUUCACUAAAUGAGUAAUAGCAUAUAGACACUAGAGGGCAUCACUCACGAGUUAACAAGACAUCACUCCGUGUUUAUAUUGACUGAUAUGUCAUAUUUCAAAUGAUCCUUGCAGUUGUGGAUAUGUGUAUUGCUUGUUCAUUUCCCUGUUGUUCGAGUCAAAGGUUUUGUGACUAUUGAAAAGUCAUGGUGAUACAUUUUAUGUUUCAAAUCAAUCAAUUUGCACUCAGGAGACUUCUGUUUAAGAAAAAGUCAAGUGAAUAAGCAGUUGCAUGUGAUAUACCCGUUUCAAAUGAACCAAAAGAAAUUCUUAAGAUUGUUGAAAUUAAAAUAAAAAUGGAAAUGUGAAACAGACUGGCUUACUAAAAUUUGUUGAACAAUAUUGUUGUUCAAUGUAAAGAAUGUCAGCCAAGGUCGGCCCCCCGACAUUUUACCACAUAAAAUCUGGCCCCCUUG